CUUUCUUCGUAUUUCCCACUUUGCGUAGACUCGUAGACUUCUUCUUAUCUCCGGUUUGUAUUAGCGCUCGUCUCCACAUCUGUAUCUACUAGAGAUCCAAACCAUCGGGUCCUCAUUUACCAUAAUAAUAAUCUCCCUCCCGUAAUUAUUAUUAUCGGUUUCCCUUCCCCGCAAAACCCUCUUUCUUCACGAUCUCCCCAGUCAUCAAUCCCCAAUUAGAAAUCAGAUAACCAUCCCUCACAGAACCACAGUGAAAACGAUAUAGUUAAAACCCUCUUACCUAACUACGUCCAAACCAUGUCCUCCGACCCCGCGCGCCCCCUCACCCCCGCCUCCGUGAAGGCCGCUCACGAACUCAUCCAGCCAUACAUCCACAAGACACCCGUCUUAACAUGCUCGACACUGAACACGAUCGCAUCGACUCCUCAGGAUCCGUCCGCUCUCGCGGGUACGCCGUUCGAAGGCCAGGAGCCCGCGCGGCCUCGGAUCCGGUUCUUUUUCAAGUGCGAGAAUUAUCAGCGCAUUGGAGCGUUUAAGGCGCGGGGGGCAUUUCAUGCCGUUCUGAGAUUGCGUGAUGAGCUUGGGGAGGAGGAGUUGAAGAGGAGAGGGGUUGUUACGCAUAGUUCAGGAAACCAUGCACAAGCCCUCGCACUCGCAGCUUCGACGCUUAAUGUCCCCGCGCAUAUUGUCAUGCCCAGUAUUUCGACCCCGUCAAAGAUCGCUGGCACACAAUCACUCGGUGCUCGCGUGAUCUUCUCCGGCUCAACGGCCCCGGAGCGUGAAGCUGUCGUGGCUACUGUUCAGAAAGAAACAGGUGCCAUUCUUGUGCCGCCGUAUGACUUCCGGGAUAUCAUUAUCGGUCAGGGAACUGUUGGUAUAGAGCUUGAGGCGCAAUAUGCGGAGUUGGUGAAGGCAAACCCGAAGCUAUCUGCGCAUGAGGCUGGAGCCCACCUUGACGCUGUUUUCACUCCCAUUGGCGGCGGUGGACUCAACGCUGGUGUGGCUACCUGGUUUUCCGACAAGCCUACCACCCGUGUCUUCGGUGCUGAGCCCUCCUUUGAGGGCGCAGAUGAUUGUUGCCGUGGUUUGGCUGCUGGAAAGCGGGUUGAGGCCGUCUCGACGCUCACUAUCGCCGAUGGUCUGCGGACACCUGUUGGAGUGAUCAAUUGGGAAGUCAUCUCGGAUAAGAAUAAAGUGGCCGGCGUGUAUGCGGUAACUGAGGAUCAGAUCAAGGCCGCGAUGCGACUGGUCCUGGAGCGGAUGAAGGUCGUAGUAGAGCCGAGUGCCGUUGUUGGCCUGGCGGUGUGUUUAUUCAAUGAGGAAUUCCGACGCUUGGUCGAGAAGGAGGCGGGAGAAGAAGGAUGGGAUGUUGGAAUCGUGUUCAGCGGCGGUAACACAACAGUGGAGGCAAUUGGAAAGUUGUUUGCGUCCGCGAAGUAG